AUGACGCUACAACAGCAGCAACAGCGAAAUAUUCAUCGGGUUGUUCACCCACAACUAUCAGCAGAAUCUUUUGAAUUGCCUCGUGAUGACAAUGUAGAGCAAGAGGAGCAAGACGAGACGUCCAAUACAGAUAUGGCGAUUGUACCUACUGAUAUGGAUUUGAGCUCGCAACAAACAGUGCGGGUAACUAGACCAGAGCCACCUACUGAUUUUGUCUUGCAGCGGCCAUUAACUACAGAAAAAGAGCUACUAGAUCUCGCAUUCAGGCCUGCUGCAUUAAAUACCCGAGUUACAUGUCGCAUUCACCGCUGUCGAGAUGGUCUAGACAAACUGUACCCACAAUAUCAUUUAUUCAUUGAGCAUUUGGCAACAGGAGAGAUUCAGCAUGUUAUGACAGCUCGCAAAAAGAGAAAGAGCAAUACAAGCUACUAUACCAUCACUGGCAUUUACCGAGAGAACACCAGUGUUCCUGAGGGUUAUGUGGAGUUGGGCAAAGUCAGAUCCAACUUUUUAGGCACCACCUUUGUCAUCUAUUCUCAUGGCAAAAACCCAGUUAAAAGAGAGAUGACGACUAAAAAGAAGGAUCUGCCAAUAAGAGAGGAACUUGGGGCCGUUCUUUAUGAUCCAAACAUCCUUGGAUUUAAAGGACCGAGAAAGAUGACUAUUUUGAUGCACACAUUAACUCGAGAUGGAAAGAGACCUGAAUACAGGCCUGUGAAGGAAUCGGAAAUGUUGCUGAGCAAAUACCGUGAUGGAGGUGCUCGAGAUUUGCUUGUGCUUCAUAACAAAAGUCCACAGUGGAAUGAAGAAACCCAAUCUUUUGUGCUUAAUUUCAACGGAAGAGUGACACAAGCAUCUGUCAAAAACUUUCAGAUUGUGCAUGACAACGACUUGGACUACAUUGUGAUGCAGUUUGGGCGAGUGGAGAGGGAUUCAUUUACGAUGGACUACAAAUACCCCAUGUGUCUGUUGCAAGCAUUUUCGAUUGCACUCACUUCUUUUGAUGCUAAAUUGGCCUGCGAAUAA